AUGCCCGUCGUCAAUGUCGACGAGCUCGUCCGGCUGCAGCGCAAGCCCGAGGACAUACGAAAUAUCUGCAUUCUGGCCCACGUCGAUCAUGGCAAGACGUCGUUGACAGACAGUCUCAUCGCCACCAAUGGCAUUAUCUCUCCCAAGCUGGCGGGCAAGAUCCGUUACCUGGACUCCCGCCCCGAUGAGCAGCUCCGUGGUAUCACCAUGGAAUCCUCAGCUAUCUCAUUGUUCUUCUCCAUGUUGCGGCGCCCGAGUCCGGAGGCGCAGCCCGUGCCCAAGGAGUAUCUGAUCAACUUGAUCGACUCGCCGGGCCACAUCGACUUCAGCAGUGAGGUGUCGACCGCGUCGCGGCUGUGUGAUGGGGCUGUGGUGCUCGUUGACGCGGUCGAGGGUGUUUGCAGCCAGACGGUGACGGUGCUGCGACAGACCUGGGUGGAGCAACUGAAGCCGAUCCUCGUCAUUAACAAGAUGGAUCGACUGGUGACGGAACUGAUGAUGAGUCCCAGUGAGGCGUACGCGCACCUGAGCCGACUGCUGGAGCAGGUCAAUGCCGUGAUUGGCAGUUUCUACCAGGGAGAGCGCAUGGAGGAGGAUCUGCAAUGGCGAGAGCGCAUGGAAGAUCGCAUCAACUCCUCCGCCCGAGACAAGGACCGAUCCAAGAAGCAGGUCGUGGAUGAUGAGUCCACGCAGAGUAUUAGCGACGUCACGGACUUUGAAGAGCGGGACGAUGAGGAUCUCUACUUUGCGCCGGAGAAGAACAACGUCAUCUUCGGCAGUGCGGUGGAUGGCUGGGCAUUUACUAUCCGCCAAUUCGCUGCCAUCUACGAAAAGAAGUUAGGUAUCAAGCGGACUAUCCUGGAAAAAGUUCUCUGGGGAGAUUACUACUUGGAUCCCAAGACGAAACGCGUGUUGGGCCAGAAGCAUCUGAAAGGACGGGCACUGAAGCCCAUGUUCGUGCAGUUGGUUCUAGACAGUAUCUGGGCUGCAUACGAAGCGACUACUGGUGGAGGCAAGAACAAAGGGGAUCCGGUACUUUUGGAGAAAAUCACCAAGUCCUUGAAUAUCAACAUCCCCCCAUAUAUCUUGCGCUCGCGUGAUCCAAGAAACAUCAUGACAACCUUAUUCUCUGCAUGGCUCCCUCUCUCAACCGCGGUCUUGGUGUCCGUCAUUGAAUACCUUCCGAGUCCGCCGGUGGCACAGGCAGCCCGACUACCGGACAUGAUUGAAAGCUCCCCUGGAGCCAAGUUCGUGUCAGAGGAUAUCAAGCAAGCCAUGGUGGAUUUCAAGACCGAGAAGAACCAGCCGGUUGUAGCGUACGUCAGCAAGAUGGUCGCUAUUCCAGAGAGCGAGCUCGUGUCGAACAAGAAAAGGAGCGGAACCACCAUGACUGCAGAUGAGGCCAGGGAAUUGGCUCGUCGCAAGCGGGAAGAGAUCGCAAAGAUGCAAGCAGAGACGAGUGCUGGACAGGCGGAUGACUUCUCGCGCAUGACGUCCGCUUUCGAGAAUACAUCCCUCAUCACCGAGACUGAAGAGACGGAAGAAGUGGGAGAAAAGGAGGAUCCUGAGCAUCUCGUUGGAUUUGCACGACUAUAUUCCGGCACGCUCUCCGUAGGAGACGAAAUAUACGUGCUGCCACCGAAAUUCUCACCUGCCAACCCACACGCCAGCCCCGAACCGAAGAAGGUCACCGUCACCGAUCUCUACCUGCUCAUGGGCCGGAGUCUCGAGUCUCUGCCGUCCGUUCCCGCCGGUGUGGUCUUUGGUAUAGGAGGCCUUGCAGGGCAUGUACUCAAGACUGGUACUCUUUGCAGUCAACUUGAAGGCAGCGUCAAUCUGGCUGGUGUUUCUCUGAGCACUCCGCCAAUUGUGCGAGUGGCCUUGGAACCAGUCAACCCGGCCGAUCUGGGCAAGAUGGUGACCGGCCUCCGCCUUCUUGAGCAAAGCGAUCCCUGCGCGCAGUACGAGGUGCUUCCCAGCGGUGAACAUGUCAUUCUCACCGCAGGCGAGCUACAUUUGGAGCGAUGUGUCAAGGAUCUCCGCGAGCGGUUUGCUCGUUGCGACAUCCAGACCGGUGAGGCCAUCGUUCCCUACCGCGAAACGAUCGUCCAUGCGCCUGAGAUGGCUGCCCCGAAGAACCCGGAGCUGGGCCGCGGUGGGGUCCUGCAGGUCUCUUCCUCAAAGCAGUUGACAGUUCGGCUGCGCGUGGUACCACUGCCUGAGGCAGUGACAGAUUUUCUCUCCAAGCAUGUGGGAACCAUCAAGAAGCUGCAGUCUGAGAAACGGACUGCCACAGAGGCGAAGCCGGAUGCAGAACAUCCAGCUGAUGGAGUGCUGGAGAGCGGCGCUCAGGUCGAGACCGCUGUUGUAGAUGCUGCUGGUGAAGUGCACGAAACCAGCAUCCUUUCCCUGGAAGAGUUCCGGACAGAACUAGACAAAGUUUUCCGCGAUGAAGUCAAGGAUGAUAGCGAACUAUGGCGGGACGUCGUCGACAGAAUUACGGCAUUUGGUCCGCGCAGAGUCGGUCCCAAUAUCUUGGUUGAUGGAACUGCUGUCAACACAUGUGAGAAAUUUCUGCUCGACGACCCAAAGCAGUCCGCUGGCGACACCGACAACCAGCAGGCCCUGCUGGUGCGCGAUUUCUGCGACAAGAUCGCAUAUGCCUUCCAGCUAGCAACAGCACAAGGCCCUCUUUGUCAGGAACCGAUCCAGGGCGUCGCCGUAUUCCUGGAAGAACUGGCCGUGCAAUCCAACGGCGACGAGCUGGACAAGGGUCGAUUGACAGGUGACGCGAUCAAGCUGGUCCGCGAGGGCAUUUCCCAGGGAUUCCUGGACUGGAGUCCGCGGGUAAUGCUGGCGAUGUACAGCUGCGAGAUUCAAGCAACGACCGAAGUCCUCGGCCGCGUCUACGGCGUGAUCACGCGGCGCCGCGGACGCAUCCAGUCAGAGGUAAUGAAAGAAGGGACCCCCUUCUUCACGAUCCUGGCCCUCCUCCCGGUAGCCGAGUCAUUCGGGUUUGCAGAGGAAAUCCGCAAGCGCACAUCCGGUGCCGCGCAGCCGCAGCUCAUCUUCGCGGGCUUUGAGGCUCUCGACGAAGAUCCGUUCUGGGUUCCUGCUACUGAGGAGGAGCUGGAGGAUCUGGGCGAGUUAGCGGAUCGGGAGAAUGUGGCGAAGAGGUAUAUGGAUGCUGUGCGUGAGCGGAAGGGGCUUGUUAUAAAGGGAAGGAAGUUGAUUGAUGCUGAGAAGCAGAAGACGUUGAAGAAAUAG